UAGAUCAACUCUUCCUCCAAUUGAUCAGCAGAAGUUUGUGACAAAAACAAAGGGCAUUAUGUAUCGCGCGCGAUAACAAUGUUCGUUGUAUUAUACAGUAUGUACUGUGUCCUCUUACGGCACGUGAGAAAAACACGAUCAAAUCUACUGUGCGAUCUGUAGGUCACUAUAACCUCAAAACGUUGCAUUAUGCAUAAUCAAUCUACGAGAGGUAGCUUUUAAACGUAGUGUAAUUCGAAAAUAUUAUCGCCGUAUCAUUAUUUACAUUUUCCACUGUCAAAAUGGCUAUUAUGAAGAUAUUGUUACGACCAGACAUUGCAAGGUUCACAGGGGUCAGACAUUUAAGUUCUAAACCAAAAUUUGGCUUGCUCUUUGACAUUGAUGGUGUAAUAGUACGUGGCAAAAAUGUAUUACCACCAGUAUCAGAGGCUUUUAAACAACUUCAGGACAAAGAUGGCAAAUUUCGUAUACCAACUGUGUUCGUCACUAACAGUGGAAAUGCACUGCGUAGUCAAAAGGCAGCAGAUUUAUCUAAAUGGAUAGGGAUUGAAGUGAAAGAAUCACAAGUUGUCAUGGCUCAUUCACCGUUAAAGUUAUUUCAACAGUUUCAUAAUAAACAAGUAUUAAUAUCUGGACAAGGCCCGAUCAGAGAGAUAGCUAAAGAAUUGGGUUUCCAAAAAACAGUAACUAUUCAAGAAUUAGUGAAAAAUUUCCCCUCUUUAGAUUAUGUAAAUAUGGAGAGGAGGAACCCGCUAUGUGGUCCUGUAGAUCCAAAGUUCCCUACAAUAGAAGGCAUUGUAUUAUUUAGCGAACCAAUUUCUUGGGAAACUUCAUUGCAACUAAUGGUAGAUGUUUUAAUGACUAAUGGCAUGCCUGCUGGUUUACCCGGCGAUAUUCCAUAUCCGCACAUUCCGGUUUUGGCAUGUAACAUGGAUUUAUUAUGGGUAUCAGAAGCACCAAUUCCUAGAUAUGGUCAUGGUGCUUUUCUAUUAUGCCUAGAAUCUUUAUAUAAAAAGAUUACAGGAAAAGAUUUGAUAUAUUCUGCUCUAGUCGGAAAACCUAGUGAAAUUACAUACUAUCAUGCAAAUCAUGUGCUUCGUAAGCAUGCUAGAAGUAUUGGAAUAGAUCAUAAUGUUGAUACUAUAUAUGCUAUUGGAGAUAAUAUUAAUACUGAUAUUUUUGGUGCAAACUUGUAUGAUAAAUAUCUGGCAUAUUGCGCAAAAAAACAAGUAUUAAAGGCUGACAAAUUGAAGAAAUUACUUGACAAGGAUAUCAAUCCGCCUAGCGCGAAAGCCUGUAUUAGUAUUUUAGUUGAAACUGGUGUCCACAAACGAGAUUCGGAUUUUAUAUCGGAGCAUAGUCCUAGAGACUUUUUACCCGUCGAGGAUGGUCUAUGCAAGCCUGCAUUCGUAGUAGAACAUGUUGGCGAAGCUAUUAAAGUUGCGUUUAAAGAAGAAAAAUUCGACUGAAUUAAAUAUGUAUAGAACGUAUUUUUAGACUUGGAGUGUUGAAUAAGAAGAUUCUAUCCUAAUAUUGAUUAAGAAGAAACAAGACAUAAGAAAUUAGAUAUAUCUUCGCUAAUGUAAGUAUUAUGUUAAUUUCGUUAGCCUUUUUUUUUUAAGACAAAGACGUUCAAGAAGCAAAGGCUGAUUGCAUAGGCAUGAUAUUUUAUUUGGAGGUUUUUAAAUCAUUUUCGACAUUUUUAUUUAUAAUUUUAUCUAAGAGAAGAAAGAAAUUCUUUCACAUGCUAAUUAUUUAAAAAGUUUUUAUUUAUUAUUGCGAGUCAGUGAUAUUUACAGACAGUAAUUUUGUACAUUAGAAAUAUUAAUUAUAGCUGAAGUAGUCUUUCAAUCUAUAUAAAUUUUUAUGUAUAUUUGAAGUUUUUGUUAUUUAUGUUAUACAAGUAUAUUAUUUAGAAAAAUUUUCGUUAUAUCUAUAUUUACACUUAUAUAUCAAAAAAUCAUAUACAAUACAUAACAAUUUUUAGUUCGAUUCUUAAUCAUGUUGAUGAUUGUAUAAUAUAAUAAUGAAAUUUGUUUAAUGUAUCAUCUGUAAUGAUCCCGUUUGAUUUUAUUCUGAAACAUAUUUAUUCUGGAAACAGCCGAAAACAGCCGUUUUUUUUCUAAUAGGCUUAAAUGCAUAAAACCGCUUAAUCGCGUUUUAUAAAAUUAAUGAGAAAAGAGAAAAGGAAAACCUCAAUGCAAUAUGCUGUUGUUUUAAUCAAAGAAAAAUUGUAAUCUAGCGAUAUAUAGUCUAUUUAACACUGUUCUGUUUAGCAUUCACUAGCGAAUACCUUUGUACACAGAACCUUGUCUAGUCCUACGAAACAAUUACAUCGUACAUAAUCGUAGCAAUAGCGAUCCACAAUAUGAAAAGGAUUAGUUUACCAAAUUACUAAUCAAUUUCACGUCGAUCAUUAUAUACACACAUAUAUAAUAGUUCCAAAAGAAAAGACCACAAAUGUUGUAACAAUGUGCAUCAAAUAAGUUAUAAGAAAUGUUAUAAACGCACAUUGUAUAUAAGUACUUGGCUCAGCUGAUCAUGCAUCAUAGAAAUGGAACAAAUAGAUUAUACAGAAAGAUUAUAUAGAAAGAAAAAAGAAAAAUAAUAUAUUGGGACGUCUAUUGAGACGAAGACUGAUCACCUACAUAAAUUGCAAUCGACGAUUAUCUGCUGGAGCCAAUUUAUAAUUUAUUUUAAUGUUGACGAAUUAUUUGUUUUAUCGUUGUCGAAAGAAAAAGGAAAGGAAUCAUGAUUUUUUCAAAUUGUACGGAAGGAUCAACACUCUGCGAAAUUAAUAAUGCUGUAGAUAAUGAAGGGCAAUUAUAUACAGUUAUAUAUACAUAAUAUGUAGAGUGUUGCAAGAAAGCAAUACAGAAUUAUGUUGUUUUUUAAUUACAAGAAUUAGUUACAUUUUAUAAGAGCCUUAUCCACAAAAAAAGCUGUGACUUUUAUAGGCCCAAUUACAACCUGCUUUCAUAAAUACCAUUACUCUAUAUUUUUUUUAUUUCUAUGCCCUAUAAAAGUCACAGAGCACGCCAACAAAUAAUUUUAAAAAUCUUUCUUCUGAAAAGAAAGUGUCGUCGAGAAGUUUGUUUUCUUUUCGAACGUCAUUUUUGAAAAUCGCAUGUCAUGUAGAAGAUAAAAUAUACGAGGAACGCAUAAAAAUUUUCCAAACCUAUUAAUUGUUUGACACGAAUCUUUUAGUCUAGUCCAUUUAAGUGAACGAAGCGUUCAUUGAACCUAUAUUUUCUUCUAUCGCACGCGAAUUGUAUAUUUUCUUCUUUCGAUUUUUAAGUCACGAACAACCGACCGACGAUGAUCGAUUUCUAUUACAUUAUUAUUUAUAUUACAUUAUUUUAAUAAUAUUUAAAUUAUUGCUGGAAUUAACAUUCAUUUUAAUGAUUAUAUUUUCGUAUCGAAAGCGGUUUAUAUGAUUUGUCGAAAUAAAAGGAAUUACGUCAUAUAUCCUGUAAACAGGAAAAAAAAAGAUAUGGUUUUGCCUAUCGCAAGUUGUAAUUGUAGAAAUUAGAUGCAACAAAAUAUAUGAUAUAUUUUUCGUUAAUAAAUCACCGAUCUUGUUGUGACUAACAAUGCAAUUUUACGCUGGAAUUUUAUCGGAUGAAAGUGUUUCCCCUCGCGUUACCAUUCUUCGUAUGCUUACUUUCUCUGCUUUCCCAACGGAAUAUCGGUAAGUAACGAAAGAACACACUGCAACAAUUGUUAACGGUGCACAUUGAAUAAUGCUCUUUUUUUUUCUAGAUGGUAUGCAGAAAAUUGAAUCGAAAUUAAUCAUUGCUUCUGAUUAUGGUGGAACGUGCAAGACGUCUGGGUCUCAUGACCCACGAAUUACACCAUCAAUCGUUUGAUGAAAUAAUUCAAUUACAUUACCGAUUGGUCGGUGUCCACGAGGAAUAAAUUGAUUUUCACGUUUGAAGAUCUAUCACUAGUACAAUGAUGUUUAUUUAAACGCAUACAUUUCCUAGUUCCAGUAAUUACGAUUGACAUUUACAAUGUAAAUCUGUUGGUACGGAAUAAUUUUCGAUUAUUUAACGACGAAAAAGUCCCAGUGAAAUCAUUAGUGGACUUCCUGUGUUUAGAGUGCAAGUUGACGGCAGAAAAACCGGUUUCGAACAAGUAUGUCUGUUAUUUCAGUGUCAUCCAAAGAUCUGUCGGCUGUCUCGUCUUUUUGGACUAAAAAUACAUCCUACUAGCAUUCGUGUUAGUAAAAUUUAACGAGCUAAGUAGCACGGUUCUGUGUACAUUUACACAUUUCCGGCUGACGAGAAAAUUGACCGAGAUUUCAUCGGGAUGAGUUUUACGCGAAAUUUUUCUUGGACUGCAAACGAGUCGUUUCAUUGAAUAUGAAUCUUAAUUUACAACUUUAUUAAUGGUCUAGUUAUCGUAAUUGACCUUAUCGUCGUGUUACUCUAAUCAACAUCGUAUAUUCGAGUUACAUAAGCGCGUGAACAGAGUUGCAAAAAAAUUGCAACAAAAUGAAAAUAUUUGAAUAAAUUUACAUUGAUAUGACUUGAAAUAAAUAAUUACUUGGUAUGAGAUAGAUGAUGGAAACUUGAUGUGUUUAUUGGUCCACUUUACGGAACAAGUUGUAGAGUCAAAACUGACGAUUAAAGCUACUAGUAAGGGGAUCAUACAAAGUGUAAUGCACUGAUUUUUUUAAUGAAUUUUUUGUUCCCUUUCCUACAUUACUUAAUAACUUAGAAUAGAAAAUAUAAAGAAAGUUAGAAUCGUGAUACUGAUGCUUUUAAUUAUUUAUUAAUUAAAUAAAAUACUCAGAAGCAAUACUCAGUCACAAUUUUUCUAGAUCUUCACUCAAAAUUUCAACGAAAUCUAUGCGUGACACUUUGCUGGGCACACCUAUAAAUGGUCAAACCGGUUAUUCAUUUCUGUGUCAUGAUGCAUGCACCUCAGUGCAAUAAAAUCACGAAUGUUAUUUCUAAUUUGAGAUUCAACGCACGUUCUCACUCAUAACUCAAAUAUAGGUCGAACAUUACCAAUUCAAAAGCCUUUCCCUACUUAAAGGAGAAACGGCAUUUAAAGUGCGAUAACAAAGGAAUUGUGUCUUAAGAAAUUAAAUACUGUAUAAUCAAGCUUCAACGUUUUUUGUAUUUCCCAAUCUCGUCGUUUAUAAUCGAAGCCGCUACUACGAAUCCUCGUGUGGUCGAGCAAGUUUAUUAGAAAAGUAAAAGUAACUCGGUAUCGUUGGUUGGUUGGUAAUUAAUCUUACUAUCAGCGAGUUGCGCACCCACGUAGAUGCGAACAGGGUCGUAGAUAAUUGACCCGCAAAAGUUGGCUUCUCACGUUAGCUACUCUCGUCACGAGAAACGUUUCACUGUCACCUUCUCCAUUUUAUACAUCAAUAAAGUACCAUCUAGACAGAGAUUUUUCUACUGAGAGAAGCAUCACUCUCAUUUUCUACUGAGAGAAAGCACUUUCUGUCCUAUACAAUUCUACGAGCAUUUCUUUCGUUAUUAUAUUACACGAAAUAUGUACAAAACUUCUAGACAUCCUUCCCGUUGCCCAUUUCAAUAUCCACAUUCACUAAAUCAAUAGGAUCAAUUCUAACAUUCGUCUACGUUCGCAUCUCUCUUCCUUCUUUUCCUCUCGUAACAUUCCACGGCUCUCUGGAUUUGCUCUAAAUAAUCCUGAAUCGUGCUCUCCGUUGGGAGUUCUCUCGAGUCCGAUCUGGACAUAGAUCUCUUCUGUACGAGAGCCGUAAGCAUCAGAGUGACCACUGGAAGAGUCAUUCCCAACAGAAACGUCGGCGUCAUGAUAUUCUUGAGGCCGUGUUUCUUGAAUCCUCGAUACAAUUCCGCCCAGAUCCCGUCCUCCUCGUCCUCGUGAUACUUACCCAAUUUCCCGUACAGAUGAGGCUUUAUCUUCCCCGUUUUGGCGAUGUAGUUGUAAUAAUAAGGGUCGUACGAUUGAGCGUAUAUUUGAGAAUAGUAGACGUCUUUGGCUGACGGUGGUUGAUCAGCUUCGGGAAACCAAGCACUGGCGUCUUCGUACGGAACAGGAGGAUUGCUUUUCACAGGGAAUGGCCCGCGAUGAAAUCCUGGCGGCUUCGUGUAAAUUACUUCGACGGGUGGGCCUUUCUCCUUGAACGGCGCUGCUCGAGAGAAUCGAUAUCGAUGUUAGUUUCCUAAUUAGAGUGGACCUUUAUCUCGAGUAGAACUUAUCAAUUACAGCAACUGGACGAAACACAACUCUCACAAAUCUCCUAAUUAACGCUCUUUUUUUUAACAAUACGAAUUGUUAAAAAGAAGCUUCCCCUGAAAGAUGCAGUCUCUCCGAGAAGGUGCAAUGCAAUUCUGUACAGAUUGCUAAAUCUGUUUCACCACCCAUGUGACGGUUGAUGCAUCUCCAGCUAAUUAGGAGAUUCGAUAAGACUUUGAAUAAACCUCAUGCGUAACUUACUCUUAUUAGUUUCUCUCUUAAUUAAUUCUUCAGCUUACGAGCAUCCGUAGUGUCUCACCUGGAGGAACAGGACCGGCGUAGAAUCCUGGCCCGAUCCUCGAUUGCGCGUAAGGAAACGGUUUCCCUCGCACUCUUCUUACACGUUGGUACCAUCCAGGAUAAUAAACGUCGUUUCUCGUUUGAAUUCCAGGCGCGUACGGUAAUUGCAACGUUUGCUGUUGCUGCAUCAAAGAUACGGCCGCCGGAUUUGACACAGUCGGACGAGGAUCAGCCAGAUUCGCAGGCACACUGUAGGUCGGUUGAUUAACCACUUGUCUAGUUGGAAAAGCCUGCAACGCCUGUCUUUGUUGCAUGAGUUGCGCAGUCAAGUGUUGGUUCACCGGAGAAGACACGGGCUGCUGAUUAACUCGCAUUACUGGCUGUUGCGUUAAUUGCUGUUGAUUAGCGACCGCCGGUUGAGCAUUCCCCGAGGUUUCUCUGCUUUGUAAGUAGUAGUCCAGAGACAGACGUGAUUCCUCCGGCGUUUUUGAAUUUAGGAAAGUGUUCAACGCUGCUCCCGCCUUGUUGUUGAUUGUUGAAGCGGUCGUUUGACCGUACGUGUUCGCAGACAGAUGACGACCAGUUUGAACGAUGUCUUGUUGCUUCGUAAGGUGUGACGAGUCCCCUUGACUUGACGUCAGGUGUUCGUCGGCGUGAAAUUUUAUCAGUUCCGCAAAUUGAGACGCGUUUUUAGCGUUUUCAGGAGAUAAUAGGCGAAAGUUCUGAGAAGAUUCGGUCGAGAUCCUGGUCACGUUCGCUGCGGUUUCUUCUCGUCUCGCUGUUUUUUCGGAGAAUCGUGACUCCACGGCGGCGUACUCCGUGUUCUCCGUCAACGGGUUACCCUCGAAGUUCAAUUGACCGUUGGUUAAUCCUAUCACGAGGAUCAACAAGAUCAUCGUCGCGCUCAUCGUU